GACUUAAAGGAUUGUUAAACGAUCAAGAAGAAGCUCCUGUAGUUCAUGUGGAAGACGUCAUCUUCUGCUUGUGGAUGUGACAUGCAGGGGAAAGGGUCGAAGGCAUCACGAGAUCGAUAAGAAGCGGUUAUUUAUUUGCAUUUUCAUUGCCAAAGGAUACAUGACUGGACGGUCUAUCCCACCAAAAAACAGGGUCUAGCCGUGCCUUGAUGGGAGUAGAGCCAGUCUGCAAAGGGGAGGAAGUCCGCGGAUCUCACACAUGAUGGACUGCAACGACUCCCACCCUCUCUCGGGGGAGCAGCUCAUCUACGCCAUCACCAUACCGCUGUCGACCUCCAUCAUCUUGGCCAAUCUCGUCAUCAUCCUGGGCAUCGCCUGCAACCGCCAGCUCCACAACACGCCCAACUACUUCUUCCUCAGCCUCCUGGUGGCGGACCUGUGCACGGGCGUGGCGCUGCCCUUCAUACCGCUCAUGGGCCUGAACCGGGAGCUGAGUUUCAGCUCCUGCCUGGUGGCUCACGUUUUCCCGAACUUCCUCUUCCUGGCGUUCCUUUUCAACCUGGUCGUGGUCCACUACGAGCGCUACAUCUGCAUCGUCGACCCCUUGCACUACACUAACCUGUGGAUGCAUCGCAGCUUCCCUCUGGCGCUGCUCGUCGUCUGGGCGCCGCCGCUUCUGUUCGCGUCCCUGCCCGCUUUCGGGUGGAACAACUGGACGGGCCCGGAUUGGAACGGCUGCUGUGCGAGCGGCCACGACGAAACGCCGCUUUCAAACUGUUUACCCAACAGGACCAAGUGCUGCUCGUACAGGCGGGUGUUCCCCAACGCCUUCAUCUACUUGGAGGUGUACGGACUCGUCCUGCCCGCCAUACUAACCAUCGCCGGCAUGACCGGCCGUGUUCUGUGGAUCACCCGAGGCCAGCUGAGGGACAUGUGCCGCCUCCAUCGCUCGGUGGAGCGUGGCAGCCAGGCCUCGGACCACGAGCAGAGGCUGAACCUGCGGUACACGCGCUGCGUGGUGGCCGUGUCGCUGACCUUUCUGGCGUGCUGGGUGCCCUACCUCAUUUACAUGCACGUGUGCAUCGCCUUCUUGAUCAGCGACACCAAGCGGAGCUCCGCCACGCACAUCGUGCUGUCGUGCACCGGCAUCGGCAGCAUGGCGGUGGUGCCGCUGGUGCUCGGCCUCGCCAACAGGCAGUACACGGAGCCCGCGUACAAGCUCCUCCAGAAACUCAGAGACAGGUGGAGGCGAAGGAUGCGGGCAUCGGAGGAGGUGUCGGUCUGAGGAGAAUCAGUCAUUGAUGGGCUUCCAUUACAUUUUCAUAAUUUGGCUGACAACAUUGAAACCAAGCAGGCGCUGACAUUGUCCCGAUGUCUCUCCGGGACAUGAGAGGGCCGCAGGAAUGUACAUUAUCAUUAUAAUAACAUGAUGAAGCAAUGUUGAAUGUAAAGUGUUGCACAUCCCAUAAACGUAGAGCUCAAAGCC